GAACCCCGAGCGACCCGGAGAUCGUGGAGCUCGACGGCCCCCCCCUGCCCCCGGCCAUGCCCGACCCCGACGAGGAUUCCCGGGAAACCCUGCGCUGGACGGUGGUGCAGCAGAUCGAGCCCGGCUCCCCCUCCGCCCCCGGCGCCAAAUCCGGCGUCUGCUCCUCGUCCUCCUCCUCCUCCUCCUCCUCGGCCUUCUCCAACCUGCGCAGCAUCAUCGUCCUGCAGAAGAGCUACGAGUGCCGCGAGUGCGGGAAGAGCUUCAGCUGCAGCUCCCACUUCCACAAGCACCGCCGGACGCACACGGGGGAGCGGCCGUUCCGCUGCCGCCACUGCGGCAAGACCUUCAACGUCAGCUCCAACCUCUACCGGCACCAGCGCGCCCACGGCGCCGGCCCGGCGACGCCGACGCCGACGGCGGCUCCGAGGGCGGCUCCGAGGGCCCGCGGCCUCCCCUACGAGUGCCAGGAGUGCGGGAAGAGCUUCAACGUCAGCUCCAACCUCUCCCGGCACCGGCGCGCCCACGCCGCCGGCUCGGCCCCGGCGACGCCGACGCCGACGCCGAGGGCUCGCGGCCUCCCCUACGAGUGCCAGGAGUGCGGGAAGAGCUUCCGGCGCAACAAGGAGCUGGUGACGCACCAGCGGCUGCACACGGGGCGGCUGCCCUUCCAGUGCGGCCACUGCGGGAAGGGCUUCUCCUGGAGCUCCCACUGGGAGCGGCACCAGCGCGUGCACACCGGCGAGAAGCCCUACCAGUGCCCCGAGUGCGGCAAGAGCUUCAGCCGCAGCUCCCACCUCUACCGGCACCAGCGCGGCCACGCCGGCGGCCGCUCCUACAUCUGCACCUACUGCGGGCGCAGCUUCGGCAGCACCCUGCACUUCGAGCGGCACCAGCGCACCCACACGGGCCAGCGGCCCUACAAGUGCACCCUGUGCCGCAAGAGCUUCGGCGACGCGCCCGCGCUGGUCAAGCACCAGCGCCUGCACCUGGACGGGCCCUUCCGCUGCGAGGAGUGCGGCAAAGCCUUCGGCGCCCGCGCCCAGUACGCGCGGCACCGGCGCAACCUCCACGGCGCCGGCGGCACCGGUGCUGGGGCUGGUGGCGCGGGCGCGGCGGAGAAGCCGUACCGGUGCGGGGACUGCGGGAAGAGCUUCUCGUGGAGCUCCCACUGGGAGAGGCACCAGCGGAUCCACACCGGGGAGAGGCCGUACCAGUGCGGGGACUGCGGGAAGCGCUUCGGCCGCACGUCCCACCUGUACCGGCACCAGCGGACCCACGCCGGCGGCCAGCCCCACGUGUGCGCCGAGUGCGGCAAGAGCUUCAACAGCACCCUCCACUUCCACAAGCACCAGCGCGCCCACGCCGGGCCCCGGCACGGCUGCGCCGACUGCGGGAAGGCCUUCGCCGACGGCUCGGCGCUGGCCAAGCACCGGCGGGUCCACGGGGGAGGAGGAGUGGGGGGGGUCGGGGCGGAGAAGCCCUUCCCGUGCCCGCGGUGCGGGAGGAGGUUCGGAGGCACCUCCCACCUGCGGCGGCACCUGCGCAGCCACGGCGAGGAGGAGGAGGCCGAGCCGCCAAAAUUUGGGGUCACGAUGCAGGAGAACUACGAGAACGUGAUUUCCUUGGCCGAGGAAAUCGCCAUCAGCUGGCCCCGGAUCACGGCCUUCGCCGAGUCCCACCGGAGACGGGGGCUGGUGUCGGGCGUGGAGGCCGAGGGGGAGCAGGGCCAGCCCGAGCCCACCCAGGUGGCCCCCCCGGGGGUCUCCGGCGAUGGGGGGGUGAAUCCCGACCUCCGGAGGCAGCUGGGGCUCAUCCUCCAAACGGCCGGAAGGACCCAGGUGGAAAAGAUGCUCCGGGAGCUCGUCAGGGAACAGGGACAGGGCGGGAAGCGCCGGAACCGGAAGAAGGCGCCCAAAGACGGAGGUGCCGGCGCCGGCAGCGGCACCGAGGACGAUCCGGCGCCGCGGGACAACGAGGAGCCGCCGCUGGAAGACGCCGCUCAACACCAGGAUGAGGAACCCGCCGCCGACCCCCCCGGCGCCGGCAAAGCCCCGGGAGGCCGGAAGGUGCCCCAGGGCGGUUGCACCAAGUGCGGGAGCCCGGCCAAGCCCCGGCGCUGCUCCGAGUGCCACCGGCGCUGCCGGCAGCCCGAGAAGCCCCACCGGUGCGGGGACUGCGGGAAGGGCUUCAGCCGCGGCUCCAACCUGGCCCAGCACCGGCGCAUCCACACCGGGGAGCGGCCGCACCGCUGCGGCGACUGCGGCAAAGGCUUCAUCCAGCGCUCCGACCUGGAGCGGCACCGGCGCGUCCACACCGGCGAGCGGCCGUACCCCUGCGGGGACUGCGGGAAGCGCUUCAGCGUCAGCUCCCACCUGGACCGGCACCGCCGGACUCACGCCGGGGGCCCCGGGCCGCCCUCCCAGCCCCGCCCGCGCCCGCGCCCGGCGCCGCCCGAAGCGCCGGCGGCGGCUCCUCCUCAUCGCUGCGGGGAGUGCGGGAAGAGCUUCGCCCAGCGCUCGGCCCUGGCCAAGCACCGCAAGACGCACAGCGGGGAGAGGCCCCACCGGUGCGGGGACUGCGGCAAGAGCUUCAGCCGCGGCUCCAACCUCACCCAGCACCGGCGCAUCCACACCGGCGAGCGGCCCUUCGCCUGCGGCGACUGCGGCAAAGGCUUCAUCCAGCGCUCCGACCUGGAGCGGCACCAGCGCGUCCACACCGGCGAGCGGCCCUACACGUGCGGGGAGUGCGGCAAGAGCUUCAGCGUCAGCUCCCACCUGGACCGGCACCAGAAGAUCCACGCGGCGCAGAGGGCGUCCUGCCGCUGCCCCGAGCACCUCGCCGGCUUCCUGGCCGCCCACCGGCACGGCCGCCUCUUCCAGUGCGCCCAGUGCGGGCGUUGCUUCGGCCAGGGCGCCGCCCUGCUCAAGCACCAGCGCGCCCACGGCGCCGAGAAGCCCUACAAGUGCGGGGAGUGCGGGAAGGGCUUCGGGCAGCGCUCGGCGCUGGUGAAGCACCGGCGCAUCCACACCGGCGAGAAGCCCUACCAGUGCGGGGAGUGCGGGAAGGGCUUCAUCCAGAAGUCCGACCUCACCAUCCACCGGCGGAUGCACACCGGGGAGAAGCCCUACAAGUGCGGCGAGUGCGGGAAGUGCUUCAGCGUCUCCUCCAACCUCAUCACCCACCAGCGCACCCACCUGGGCGAGAAGCCCUACCAGUGCUCCGAGUGCGGCAAGAGCUUCAUCCAGCGCUCCGAGCUCACCAUCCACCAGCGCGUGCACACCGGCGAGAAGCCCUACAAGUGCUCGGAGUGCGGGAAGUGCUUCAGCCGCAGCUCCCACCUCAACCGGCACCAGCGAACCCACGGCGGGGACAAGCCCAAGGCGGUGGCGGCUGCUGGCAGCACCACCGUGGCUGCCGAGAUGCCGCCUCCGGGCUCCGGGGCCUUCCCCGGCGCCGCCUUCCCGGCCCCGGUGGCCUCGCUGGGGUCGUUCCCGGCGUCGCCCUCGGCGCUGCCCGUGCCGGCGCUCUCCGGCCCCGCCCUGGAGCUGCCCUGGGCGCUCUCGUUCCCCGGCCGCGCCUUCGCCCACCCGUCGUUCGCCCCGGCCCCGCCCGCGGGCGCCCAGACCCCCUCGCUCAUCAACUGA